AUGAAUCAAUUACCCAUAUCUGUCAUUGGUUCGGAGGAAGGCGCAUUUCAAGACAAUGCUCUCUCUACAGCUCCCACCACACCAGAGGGCAGCUUAACAUUCAGUCCGGUGCUGCGCGCUGCUGCGGAUGGUCCCCUGGACAUUGAGUCUACUAGCCUUGCAGCACAGGCCCAGAGUAGCAGAUUGAUGCCCUCGGCGUUAUUCAAUCCAAGUGUGCGUCACGUCCAGAAUAUAUGUUGCGUUGGAGCCGGAUAUGUUGGGGGCCCGACUGCGGCUGUAAUUGCGUACCAGAACCCACAUAUACGCGUGACUAUUGUCGACAGAGACGAGCGACGAAUCAGGCGAUGGAACUCUAAGCAUCUUCCCAUUUACGAACCCGGCCUCGGAGACAUCGUCCGCAUUGCGAGGGAUGGAUCGCGGGAGUGCUCCUUCCUCAAUGAAAGGAGUUCAUUGGACACGUCGGACGGCCUUUCCGAUGCCACCACAUCCUCAUCAGAAUGCGGAAGCCAAUGCGAGGGUCACCAUGAAGGCCCAACGAUCAUCCCGGCCAGGCAGCCCAAUCUUUUCUUCUCAGCUGACGUUGCGAGAUGCAUCAGGGAGGCAGAUAUUGUCCUCGUCGCCGUCAACACACCCACAAAGUCGAAAGGAAUGGGUGCUGGAAGCGCUACUGAUAUGACUGCAUUUGAAGCUGUCACAGGUGUCGUGGCGCAGCACGCGCGGCCAGGGGCGAUCAUCGUUGAGAAGUCAACUGUACCAUGCAGAACUGCGCAGCUGAUGGCAAUCCAUCGCCCUGGUGUGCACUUCGAGAUCUUGUCAAACCCGGAAUUCCUAGCAGCCGGAACAGCAAUGAAGGACCUUAUGCAACCUGAUCGUGUACUCAUCGGCUCAUCGACUACUCCGUCUGGGCGCCGGGCUGCGGAGGCGCUUGCUUCAGUAUACGCUGCAUGGGUUCCCCGAAAUCGGAUCAUCACCACGAACGUGUGGUCCUCUGAACUGUCUAAGCUCGUGGCAAACUCUAUGCUGGCGCAGAGGAUCAGUUCUAUUAACUCCAUAUCGGCCAUCUGCGAAAAGACCGGUGCCGAUGUAGACGAAGUCGCCGCCUCUAUCGGCUGCGACCCACGAAUUGGCGAGAAGUUCCUCAAAGCUGGCAUCGGUUUCGGAGGGAGCUGCUUCAAGAAAGACAUCCUCAGCUUGGUCUAUCUGGCUGAGUCUCUGGGACUUGAAGAAGUGGGUGAAUACUGGCGCCAGGUCGUAAAGAUGAACGAGUACCAGAGGGAUCGCUUCAGCAGACGAGUCAUCAAAUGCCUCAACAAUACAUUGGUUGGCAAGAAGAUCACCCUUCUCGGUUACGCAUUCAAGGCCAACACGUCCGACACGCGAGAAUCUCCUGCGCUGGAAAUUAUCAAAACCCUGCUGGAGGAAGGUCCGAGGGAAAUCGCCAUAUUCGACCCCUGUUGCAACCCCGUUGUCGUGCAAGAUGAGAUUAAGUCUCUGCUGAAGGGACAGAUAGCUCUGAAGAGCGAUGGCGGUCCGAUUAUUGUCUAUGGAAGUGCGUACGAGGCUUGUGCGUCUUCCAACGCCGUUCUCAUCACGACCGAGUUCGAUGAAUUCCGAAAUACGCCUGCUACCCUUCCGACUCUGUCCAAGACCGCCAAGCAUCUAGAUCCCCGGCCGUUCGAUAGGCUCGAGCCUAGCGAAACGGAGAUUCUAUCAUUGCACAAGUUCCUGCUUCGUUCAAGUCCAGCGACAGUGCAUGCAGGUGGCGAUCCGCUUCAAAGAUACGUGACGGAGCCUGCAUGCGCCGAAGACUGCCCCGACUGUGGCCUCGUCAAGGGCGGUUAUUCGACUGCUGGCAACUCGGAUGACUAUAAACCAAAGGAAAGACUAGACUGGAACAAGAUUUCAUACCAUCUUGCUAAGCCCAAAUGGGUCUUCGACGGGAAGGGCCUCAUCGACCCCAUGGUCAUGAGCAAGCUCGGGGUCAGAGUCGAAAGCGUCGGCCGUCAAGGACGAUCCUGA